AUGUCUGGUGAACUGAUCAUUAAGGAUCAGCCCGCCGACGGCUCCGAUGCCUUUGCUCUGCCCCCGGCAGCUCUAAGUCCCGCCAAGGGGGACUCGGCCAGCCGGCGCUCCUCGCGAUCAGACCCAACUUAUGUCCCCGCUUCCCCGACAUCCCCCGAGCUCACUGCUCGGGGACGCUCAUCCCAACAUGCUCGGUCGGGAACGGCUACCAAGCGACCAUUGGAGGACCUGGAUCUCCCUCCUCCACCGACUCGCACUCGCAAAAUCAUCCAGAUGAAGCCCAAAUCACCAGCAACUACUAAGUCUCCUGCAAAGCCCAAGGAAUCCGCCAAGGGAGCAGCUCAGACCGUAUCUGAACCCGCCAAUGCCAAUGCCACAGCCUCCAAGAAGAAGCAGCCGAGUGCGACCAGUGCUGCUGGUCGCAAGAUUGCCCGCAAGACAGCUCACAGUUUGAUUGAGCGCCGCCGCCGGUCCAAGAUGAAUGAGGAGUUUGGAACACUCAAGGAUAUGAUUCCCGCCUGUCGGGGUCAGGAGAUGCACAAAUUGGCAAUUCUUCAGGCCAGCAUCGACUACGUCAACUACCUGGAAAAAUGCAUCCAGGACCUCAAAUCCGCCGGCAGUGCCCACCCAACAGCCGCACCUCCAUCUCCUACCUCCCCAGAAUUCAUUGCCGAGACUGGUACAGACACUCUCAUGCACCAAGCACCACAACGUCCUCCUUCUUCUACAUACUACUCCUCCGCCUCCUCCGUCGCCUCCCCAGAAAUCCUGCCCCCCAACACUCACAUCUAUGAUGCAUCCCCAUCAUUUUCUCCCCGCACGAGGAUGCCCUCCGUCCACACUCUCCCCGAUGCCCCCUCAAUUCUGCCUAGCCCUGCCCUGGGUCCUAGUCACCCGUCCAUGGAUAAACUCCAUGAACUUCAAGGCAUUGACCACGAAGCAUCCGCUGCGCUGCUGAUGCUGACACGAGACCGCCGUGGUACGGCAGACUCGAUCAGCGAGCACUUCUCCGGUAGCACAACUCUGUCAACGUCAGAAGACAGUCGGAUGAGUGUCGACUCCCAAAGGAGAAAGGGUAUGAGUGUGCGGGAUCUUUUGAUCUCAUAG